AUGCUCAAGAUGACUACCGAAACUACUGUUCGAACUUUCUUCAACUCCCCUCAAUUCGCCGUAGUAGGCGCAAGCACGAACCCCGCCAAGUUCGGUCAUAAGGUCUUCACCUGGUACCAUGCACACUCGCUCCCGGUGACGCCUAUCAACCCGGCGAGCGCCAGCAUAGAGACGCCUUUCGGCGUGCACCCGACCGUCAAGUCGCUCGCCGACCUGCCCGAUCCGCAGCACACCUCGCUAUCGGUCAUCACGCCAGCGCCCGUGACCUUAACCGUGCUAAAGGAGGCCAAGAAGCUCGGUAUUCCCGCCGUGUGGCUUCAGCCGGGCACCUGGGACGAUGCGGUGCUCGACUAUGCGCGCGGCGGCGAGGAGGGAGCGGAAGAGGGUGGCUACGAGGGCGCCUUAGUCGCUGGGGAUGGCGGCAGCGGCCACGGCGGCUGGUGCGUCCUCGUCGACGGUGAGCGUGGCCUCAAAUCGGUAGGAAAACUGUGA